GUGACCCAUCAGAUAACCGGCCAAGUAAUGGUGCUAAAAAUGAAUACGCGUCAUUCGAACAGGCGCAACAUGCUCAAAGAGAUCCAGUUGAUGAACCGUCUCUCGCACCCCAAUAUCUUGCGACUGAUGGGAGUUUGUGUUCACGAAGGUCAACUCCAUGCCCUCACCGAGUACAUCGCCGUCGGGUCUCUCUAUCAGGUCAUCCAGGAUAUAACUUUCGACUUGGAGCAGAUGACUAGGGUAUCCAUUGCCAAGGAUAUAGCCGCCGGAAUGGAGUACCUCCAUCAGAAAGGGGUGAUCCACAGGGACUUGACAAGCAAGAAUGUCCUAAUCAAAGCCCUUGAUUCAGGUAAACUGCAGGCUUUGGUGGGAGACUUUGGUUUGUCAACGAACAUCCCCGAUCCAAAGGAGAAAACUAAAUUACCCAUCGUCGGUUCUCCUUACUGGAUGUCUCCUGAAGGUCUCAAUGGCAAAUAUUAUGAUGAGAGCAGCGAUGUCUUCAGUUAUGGGAUCGUACUCUGCGAAUUGAUAGCUCGCGUCGACGCUGAUCCCGACUAUUUGCCCAGAACAGACAAUUUCGGCCUGGACUAUCUGGCCUUUUCUGAGCUGUGCGGUUCCAACAUUGUACCUGAAUUCUUGACGCUUGCCUUUAGGUGUUGUGCUAUUGAGCCUAAAAGUCGUCCAACAUUUACUGAAAAUGUGAGGAUGUUAAGUGAUAUUCUGACUGAUAUGAAAAUGCCAGCUGAAAAGGAGGCAAGAAUAGCUAGUUGCGUUGCAAAAAGUGAAGAACAGUUGCCGUUGAUUUCUGUCCAAGCAUGUGCUCCACAACACCGCAAAAUUGUUCACCGGCGGUCUCUGUCAGAAGACACUUCAAUGUUAUCACUUUCAAUGUAUCCUACACCAAGUGACAAAGCACGUCGACAUGCAUUGUUGAUGUGCCGGCAAGAUCCAUACUACAAACCACGUACCACCAAUCCCUUCACUGCUCUUGUACAAUUUCAGGGCGUCAAAAAGUUCCUUGGUAAUUUUUCUUCGUGUUGUGAAAUUCCAUCACCUUUAAUAAAGCCUACCGAAUCACCCAAAUCUCUGCCUGGUUCACCGACAGCUACUCGCAAGGCGACAACAAUUAGAUCACCUCUUUUUGUACAUCCCUUGUAUAAAGGCGGAUCCAGUUCGAACUUGUCGGAGUUUACUACAGAAUCGGCUAUUACUGGCCUCAGAAGGAGAGGAUCUUGUGAAUCUGGAUUUUACUCCAGUGUAGGUGAGUGUUUAUCCCCAAAUAGCCUCUGGGGUGAUAGUGGCACUGCAGUGAGUUCCUUGAGGUCUCUAGACGAGCUUGAACAGCAUGCUGAGUUACACGCCUUAUGUAAACGUGCUUCCUCGAUAUACACCGAUAGUAGUGAAGAUAUAUCAAGUCUUGCCGGAUCUGACUGGCCAAAUGAUUUGCAGCCUAAUAUUUCGACUAUAGUAGACUAUUUUGAAAAGAAAGGAGCAACUUUGAGACAUCCAGGAGGAGUGAGGGGAGGAUUGCAACUGAGCUCACGAAUAGCAGCUUUGAGAAGAUCGUUAGAGAAGCAUAAUUCGGGGGCUUCUAGUUCGAAUUCACACUUGACCCCGCAGAGGCAUAAAUGUUCUAGGUUGGUUGUAUGUGAAGGUGCUGUUAGGUCCAAAUUACCGCUCUUUGAUAAGAAGUAGAUUGGUUUUCCUUUCGAUAAGAUGUUUCAGGAAAUGUAACCAGAAUUUUACUUGUUUUAAGAUGAGUAUAGAGCCUUCAUCUGGGUAAAAUUUUAUAUUUACGUAGAACCCCACACUUUAUCUUAUAUCCGGUUGAGUUGGCUGAAUUUCUAUAGAUGUGUUUUUGAGUACACAGUUAAUGAUUUUGAAAAAUAAUGUUAAA